GCUUUUUUUCCUUUCCAUCAUCUUCCCUCUCUUUCUUUCCUUCCCAGUUCACUAUACAUUCGACCUCCUCCGAUUUCAAUCCCUCUCAUGUCAUCUCCAUUGAACUCGCACUGACUCAAUUACUCUGAUUUUCUCUGCUCUCAAUAUGAGGGUAUAUAUAUACGCCAUUGUUGUAUUGACAUUGUUACAGUUCGUACAGUGCCAAGUCGUGGACGACAGCGACUAUAGUCAAACCGACAACCCUGCGGUUCUUCAGUACCUCACACAGCAUGUCUAUGCUCAGCUAUCGAACGUCACCAAAUCCAUUAUCACCGGCGAAAUCAGCAAUCGCUCCAGAUUUUGCGUUAAGGAUCCGGAAGCUGAUUGGGAUCGUGCCUUCAAUUUCUCUUCUAAUUUGGACUUCUUGACUUCUUGCAUUCAGAAAACUAAAGGAGAUAUCACACGACGCUUGUGUACAGCAGCGGAGGCAAAAUUUUACUUCAGUAAUUUAUUUGAAGAGCACAGUGCCAAUUACCUAAAACCUAACAAGAAUUGUAACUUAACAUCGUCGGUUUCUGGUUGUGAGCCAGGAUGGGCAUGUAGUAUUGGCCCAAAUCAGGAGGUUGACCUGAAAAAUUCACGGGACACACCUGCUAGAACUCUUGAUUGCCAAGCUUGUUGUGAGGGUUUCUUUUGCCCUCGUGGACUUACUUGCAUGAUACCUUGUCCAUUAGGUUCCUUUUGCCCGCUUGCAACGCUCAACAAUGGUACUGGUGUUUGUGAGCCAUACUUUUACCAGCUACCUCCUGAACAGCCAAAUCAUACAUGCGGUGGAGCAAACAUUUGGGCAGAUAUUGGUGGUAGUAGUGAGGUAUUCUGUUCUGCGGGAUCAUAUUGUCCAACAAGUACCGAAAAGGUUCCUUGCAGUAGUGGACAUUACUGCAGGACGGGUUCCACAUCUGAGAAACGGUGCUUCAAGCUGACUUCAUGCAAUCCCAACACUGCAACCCAAAAUAUUCAUGCAUAUGGAAUUAUGCUUAUAGCUGCUUUAAGUACUCUACUACUCAUUAUUUACAACUGUUCUGACCAAGUUCUUACCACACGCGAAAGGAGAUACGCCAAAUCCAGGGAAGCAGCAGCAAAAAGUGCAAGGGAGAAUGCAAAGGCAAGUGAAAGGUGGAAAUCAGCUAAAGAUGCUGCUAAGAAGCAUGCAAUUCAACUAUCUCGCACAUUUUCUCGUAAAAAAUCUGUCAAACGUCCUGAGAAAAGUAAGAUUUUUAGUCAAACAAAAAUUGAAACAGAUGAUAAUCUAUAUCCACCAAUGUGCCCAAGUACUUCAAGUUCAGCUCAGCAAUCAUCUGCUGCAUUGGAAGGAAAGAAUAUGGAAAAUAAUGACCUCAUGAAGACGAUUCAUGCAAUUGAAGUGGAAUUUGACGGUAGUGAAGGUUUCAGCUUGGAGAUGGGGGAUAAAAAUAUUAAAAAGAAAAUGCCAAAGGAAAAACAAAUGCAUACCCAUAGCCAGAUUUUCAAGUAUGCAUAUGCACAAAUUGAGAAAGAGAAAGCUCUGCAGCAGCAGAACAAGAACCUUACCUUCUCAGGGGUAAUUUCAUUGGCUACUGAUACAGAAAUCAGGAGAAGGCCUCCAAUUGAGAUUGCUUUCAGAAACUUAACCCUUACUUUGAAGGGGAAAAAUAAACAUCUUUUGAGGUGUGUUACUGGGAAAAUAAAGCCUGGCCGCAUUACUGCUGUCAUGGGUCCAUCUGGGGCUGGAAAAACAACCUUUCUUUCUGCUCUGGCUGGAAAAGCAGUUGGAUGCACAAUGACUGGAUUAAUUCUUGUAAAUGGGAAAACGGAAUCAAUCCACUCAUAUAAAAAAAUAACUGGUUUUGUGCCGCAGGAUGAUAUUGUGCAUGGAAAUUUGACAGUAGAGGAGAAUCUCUGGUUCAGUGCAAGAUGCAGACUAUCUGCAGACUUGCCAAAACCGGAUAAGGUUCUCAUUGUUGAAAGAGUUAUUGAGUCCUUGGGGCUGCAGGCAGUGCGGGAUUCCUUGGUUGGAACGGUAGAGAAGCGAGGGAUCUCUGGAGGCCAGAGGAAGCGAGUAAAUGUUGGCCUGGAAUUGGUAAUGGAUCCUUCACUUUUGAUCUUAGACGAACCCACUUCUGGUUUGGACAGUUCAUCUUCACAGCUACUUCUCAGAGCUCUUCGACGUGAAGCUCUUGAAGGGGUGAACAUCUGUAUGGUUGUCCACCAACCAAGCUACACCUUGUUCAAGAUGUUCGAUGAUUUAAUACUUCUAGCAAAAGGUGGUCUUGUAGUGUAUCAGGGAUCGGUAAGCAAAGUCGAAGAAUACUUUGCAGGCCUUGGCAUCAGUGUCCCAGAGCGCGUUAAUCCUCCGGACCACUUUAUUGAUGUUUUGGAGGGGAUAGUCAAACCAAGCACGGAUUCAGGUGUGGGUUUUGAGGAGCUUCCUAUCAGAUGGAUGCUUCAUAAUGGUUAUCCAGUACCCCCAGAUAUGCAACAGAAUUCUGUUGGACUUGCUAUGGUAUCAAUGGGUGUAAAUUUAGCUAGCGCUAGCAAUGAGGAACAAUCUUUUGCUGGAGAAAUAUGGCAGGAUGUGAAGUGUAAUGUGGAGAGGCGGCGGGAUAUCAUACGACACAAUUUCUUGAGGACCAAGGACUUGUCGAACCGGAGAACUCCAGGUGUUUUCCUUCAAUGCAAAUGCUUCCUUGGAAGGGUUAUUAAGCAGAGAUUACGAGAAGCUAGAACACAAGUAAUAGAUUAUCUCAUCUUAUUACUUGCUGGGGCCUGCUUAGGAUCACUUACUAAAGGCAGCGAUGAAACCUUUGGGGCACCUGGUUAUACUUACACCAUCAUUGCAGUUUCUCUUCUGUGCAAAAUUGCGGCUUUGAGAUCAUUUUCUCUGGACAAGUUGCAGUGUUGGAGAGAGAGUGCUUCUGGCAUUAGCAGCCUGGCUCAUUUUCUUUCCAAGGAUACAGUAGACCAUUUCAAUACAGUGAUUAAGCCUGUUGUGUAUCUCUCCAUGUUCUAUUUCUUCAGCAAUCCAAGGUCUUCAUUCACAGAUAAUUACACUGUCCUGGUCUGCCUUGUGUACUGUGUUACUGGUAUAGCGUAUGCAUUGGCCAUCUUCCUUGAACCUGGUCCAUCCCAGCUGUGUGCAGUUCUUCUUCCUGUGGUUUUGACUCUCAUUGCAACUCAGACAAAAAGUAGUAAAUUUCUGAAGAAUCUGGCAAAUUUGUGCUACACAAAAUGGGCCUUGGAAGCAUUUGUGAUUGCAAAUGCAGAAAGGUAUUAUGGAGUGUGGCUGAUAACUCGUUGUGGUUCACUUCUGAAAACCGGCUAUAAUCUUGAUGAUUGGAGUCUUUGUCUAUCCAUCCUCAUCCUCAUUGGUAUAGUUUGUCGUGCCAUAGCUUUCCUAGGUAUGGUGACCUUCCAAAGAAGGUGAAUUCAAAUUGCGAUUUUUUAAUUUUUUAUUAUUCUAUGCUGAUAUACAUACAAUUUUGAGAGGCUCGUAUCACAAAGUACAUAUCCCAUCAUAAUGGAGAAGAUUCUCAGAGGUGGAUGAGAUUGCUCGCUGACCAUGUUACAUGAAAUAAUGUAAAUGACACUAUGAUCAAAGCACGUCGUAUAUUUGAAGAUUUGAUUAGGGGACCUUUCAAUAGUUUAAAUAAUUUUUUUUUUCUUUCUAAAAAUUGUUGUUAUUUUUGAUAAUUUGUUAGGCAUUUAUGUACUAGGGAGGCAGGAUAUCUUUGCUUAAGGUAUAUCUUGAAACAUUUUGAUUCUGUUCCAGUAAUAUUUCUCUUGUAUAGGUUGCAAAUUAGUUAUAUUUGUUUCUUAGGAAAGUAAAAUCAUGUAAACCAUUGUGAUUGAUGUCAGAGUGUGACAAUAAGCAAGUCAUCAUUAAUAGUUUGAAGUUUUUCAAUCAUUUUCCAUAA